CCAGGAAGCAAGCAGUACGACCACCACGACCCACGACCCUGUUCAUAUGUUGAAGCGGUCAGGUCUUUCAUCUUUCGGACCCUCUGGUCUUCUCUUGGUUUAGGAGGGUGUUACUUCCUUCAAAUUUUUCUCUCUCUUACUUUUACUGCACUGCUAUCUAUUGCUGUUGCUUGUUGCUUGUUGCUUGACCAUGAUCAUGCCUUGUACUAGUACACGUGUGCAUAGUACGCUGUUGUUUCUUCUCUUGGGUGGAUUGGGGUGUGCUGCUGCUUCUGCUAGCACUGCUUCUGCUGCUGCUUCAACUUCAGCUUGGCCCAACUUGAAUCCCGCAGCAAUCAGUGCGUUGAGCGAUCCUGAAAUCUCGUAUGUGUUGGAGCCCUUUGAAAACUUGGGCGAAGCAAGUUGGUUUUCAGACCUCGUCAAAGUAGAAGUAGAUGUAGAUGUAGACAAUGGCAAUGACGUCACCAAUGGCAAUGACAAGGACAAGGACAAGGACAACGACGGCAUGAACUUGAAAAUCGACUUGAAUGUGACCAGCAAGGACAAUCUCUUUGGCAAGUCGGCGCUUCGUGUGGACUACAGUGCUGCUAGUACUAGUAGUAGUGCUAGUACUAGUGCUAGUAGUCCUGCCGCCCUUGAAAUGACGUUUGGCUGGCUUCAGCAGGAAGAGCCUCACAAUUGCUUUGGCGCCAAGUGGGUUUCCAUUUGGUACAAAGUCGCGGAGACUCCUGCUUCCACGUGUUCUGCAGCUUCAGAAGGUGAAGGACUUGGUGAAGGUGCAGGUGCAGGUGCUACCCAGGGACUCCUCAAGCUGACUCUUUUAGAUGACAGUCAUUGUGGACAUUCGACUCCUCAAGGAUUCUGUCAGUACGACGACAUUCAAGAGGCGGGCAAGAAUCUUCAACACUACUCACAAGUCUUUACAGUUUCUUUGGAUACCUCCACUGAUUGGACCGAAUUAAGGGUUCCUGUAAAGGAUCUCGAUCUACAGUUGACAAGUAAAGGGGGGUUGGGACAGGACUUGAAUUUAAAGAGAUUGAGAGGUUGGAAACUCGAAUUGGCCGUGGCAGGAGAUUUCUUUCAACAAGACACAGUCCAACUAGCGCUAGACCAAGACUCCCACUUGGUCAUGCUAUUUGAUCAACUCGCUUGUAUCGGUGGAGGAGACUUGUUGGGAGCUCCUCUUCAUCAAGACAAAAACAUUCCUUGGGAUGUGGCUGUAAACGAGUCCAUGUGGAUUCAAGAAUUCUACCAGUCAGAGAUAUCGGAACAAAACACUCACGUCGAAAUGAAUGACGGGGUUGUCAGUUUCAAUUGGACCACACAAAUGGUCGAAAAUUGGGGGGGAUACAUGGGAUUCACAUAUGUCGCUCCGGGGUCUGCCUAUUACAAUUUGACUGGAGCCACCGACUGGCAUCUCAGUUAUCACUGCAAACGAGCACAAGUCAAAAAGCGACGCACGCAUUUCAGAAUCAUCAUGACCGAAGGAAGUAGUUGUGUCGCAGAGGAUUGUGGACAAGAUUAUUGGGGACACGAACGCUGGUACUCGUUCCAUUACGUCCUCGAUGAUAACGUCACCAACGAUGGCUAUGGUGAAAUGUAUGUCCCACUCGUCGCAGACACGGAACCGGGACAACCCUUUUGGCUGACAGGAUGGACCGGAGCUUUGGGAGACAGACGUAUGGACCCGGCAAUUGUCAAGGGAGUCACUCUCGAAUUCAACGUCGAUUCACUCGGGGAAAUGUACGAUGUCUUUUCCGGAGCGAUUGACGUAUUCAACAUGUCAGCCGUAAACGUCGUAUACAACGAAACCUUUGGAGCCAGUAACGACGGAACAUGUGUCAUGGAGCCGUCCUUGUAUCUCGAUGAAACGUCUCCCGCUUUGAAACGAGUCGAAUUCCAUGGAAAUCAGUGUUGCCAGCUCUGUUACGAAGAUGAGACCUGCCUCUAUGCCCUUUCCACAGCUCGAGAUUGUUUUGUGGCAUCCUACUUGGAUGCCGAGACUGUCGGAAUUGCCAAAGCCGACACGCUCUUGUCACACUUCACCGUAUUUUGGAUGGACGAUGCCCACCGUCGCGGAGAUUUCUGUGACCGAUGUGAUUGUCGACAAGCCGAUCAAACCAUUGACUGCAGAGGUCGGAACCUUACCAUCAUUCCAAAGACAUUCAACAAUCAAGAUUGGGCGCCGAAAACUCUCGAUUUGACUGACAAUCCAAACAUUGUCGUCUUGGGUCAAGGUGCUUUGAGUUCGCUUCGAGACAGCCUUCAAGAACUAUGGCUACCCAAGGAGAUGCGGCAUAUUUCACUGGAGGGCAUCAAUGACAUGUCCACGCUUUCGGCCGUACACUUUGAACAAGGGACAGAUCAGCAAGCGCUCGACCUAAGCAACGUUAUCGCAGAUCCGUCCGGAUUGUACGAUGAUAUUUGUUGUACGCCAGGCCAGGAGGUUAGUCUUACGACACCCACUGCAGGCUUGACAUUUUGCGAAAUGGAAGCGCCGAGGCUUGGCAUGGAUGCUACCUAUCUUCCUUUCAUCGAGUUCUGGGAGGCCACUCCUUACCGAAAGCUACAGCCAGGGUCAGAGUUCAUGGCGGAAGCUUCCGAAAGUCUAGAAAAGUGCGCCGAGUAUUGUACAACAUCCAGUGCAUGCAACUAUUUCUCCUACGACGACCGAUUGCCAAACGCAAACCCCAUCUGCUACCUAUUGGUAAACAAUGGCACGGGAGGAGAACCACACACGAUUUGCUGUGAGGCGGACCACUAUGCGGAUGAAAAUCAGACCAUUCCCGGUUGGGUGAGUGGCUUGCCUCCAAGAACACGUCACGACGUCGACAAUGCAAAGGUCAUUUUGGAUGAAAGAAAUCUCGUCGUCACCCCCUCCAACAAUUAUGAAACAGAGUAUCACGUAAGGCUCGGUUCUUCACCCUUGCGCGGGGCCGUCUGGAUAGAGCCAAAGCUUGAUUCCUCCACGUACCUCGAGGCAACCUUCUUGCCGCCACGGGUGGUGCUGUACGACGCAAACUCCACUGCAACCGUCGUUGUGCAAGUUUCCAACGUUGACGCCAGGGCCAAAUCGGUGUCACUGGUUGUCAACAACAUUGUCUCAUCAUGUGAUGCCGCUUUUACCGAGGGUCUAAGCGACGGCCUUCGAGAAACAACUGUUUUCAUUGAUGUCGAGAUCCCCGAUGAUGAAAGUGGCUCGAAUCUGGGUAUUGUCAUUGCCGUUUCUGUUGCUGUCAUCAUUGUCAUCGCUCUUGGGAUUUAUUGGUACAUUGAGCACAAGCGAAGGCUUAGUGAUGCCGUUUGGAAAGUCAAAGCAGACGAAUUGGAAUUCGAUGAGCCGCCAGAAAUUCUUGGCCGGGGUACCUUUGGGCUUGUGUUGAAGGCAACAUACCGAGGCACUGGUGUUGCCGUCAAACGAGUUAUCCCUCCAAAAUCUAGCAAGGGAAAAGCAUCCCGAGGACCACGAGACUCCAUGAACAGCUCAAUGAACGGAGCUGGUACGCGUUCUACUAGUGGUACUGGCAGUGUGAACGGAUCGGUAGAUAUGCUUUCCAGCGUCAAUAACGGCACUGCCAGCACCAUGAUGAAAUCGGGGAGUGAAUCCACACAUCUGUUCUUCAACAAGAAGAAAAAGAGUUCCGGUGAUCAAGAUUAUGCUAAGCUGAAAAGCGAUUUCCUCAAAGAAAUGCGCCACUUGUCAAAACUCCGCCACCCCUGCAUUACCACGGUAAUGGGUGCUGUUAUCAGCAAAAACUCAGAACCUAUGCUUGUCAUGGAAUAUAUGGAACAUCGAUCGCUCUAUGACCUAUUGCAACAUCCUUCCAUGAUCAUUGAGGGUGAGCUUCUGCUUCCAAUCCUACGAGACAUUUCACAAGGCGUCCGUUUCCUUCAUGCAGCUAACCCGCAAGUCAUUCAUGGUGAUCUCAAGGCGGCCAACAUUCUAGUUGACCAGCGCUUCCAUGCCAAAGUAGCAGAUUUUGGGCUCUCUCAAAAGAAAGCGAUGGGGGCCUGUGGAACUCCGUAUUGGAUGGCUCCUGAAUUACUACGCGGAGAGUCAACAAAUACAACAGCGUCGGAUGUAUAUGCAUUUGGGGUCAUCCUUGCAGAAGUAUACAGCAGGAAAGACCCUUAUUUAGGAGAGAACCCAAGUGAGGUUUUGAAAAUGGUGGCAGAUAAAAAGAUUCAAAAACGACCUGAGGUCCCUGCUGACAUGCCUCCUCAAGUGAAAGCACUUCUGAAUGACUGUCUUGCUGAUGAUCCUUCGCAGCGGCCCAGCUUUGAUGAGUUGGAUCAACGCUUGAAAAGGGCUGAUGCUAAGACAGUAGAACCCUCUCAGACUCGAAAAGUUGCUCAAAAUGCCAUGAACAUCUCCCUUUAUGAUAUCUUCCCUGCUCACAUUGCAAAAGCACUUGAAGAGGGCAAGCAGGUUGAAGCGGAGCACAAAGAUUGUGUGACCAUUUUCUUCUCUGACAUUGUGGGAUUCACAACCAUCUCGUCCACCUUACCCCCAAGAAAGAUCGCUGAUAUGCUUGACCGCCUCUAUCAUGCCUUGGAUGAUCUUUCCCACAAACAUGAUCUUUACAAAGUGGAGACCAUUGGCGAUGCAUACAUGGCUGUAACAAACCUCGUGAAGGACCAGCCCAAUGACCACGCCAAACGCAUUGCAGAGUUUGCUGUGGAAGCAAUUGCCGCGGCCAACCAAACCGCUAUUGACACGGAUGACCUGACAAAGGGUUAUGUAAACAUUCGAGUGGGAUUCCAUAGUGGACCUAUCGUGGCCGAUGUCGUUGGUAACCGGAACCCAAGAUACUGCUUGUUUGGAGAUUCGGUGAACGUAGCCAGCAGGAUGGAAUCGAACUCAAAGCCUGGACGCAUUCACUGCUCCAAGUCGGCUGCUGAUCUAUUGAAGAAGCAAUGCCCAGGCAUGAGAUUGACUUCUCGUGGUAACAUUGAGAUCAAGGGCAAAGGGGACAUGCACACCUAUUGGGUUGUUGGGGGAGCCUCUGGGGAUUAUGAGGAGGUCCCAGCUGAAGAAGCCCCUCUUGGUGCUGAUGGAAUUGAUAAGCGGAAAUUUGAAGUGAUCGAAGAAGAGAAGAGCGGGCAAAUGUCAAUUUUUGAUGCAGAAGAUAGUAGCGACGAUAUGUCGUUGUUUAAUGACGAACCCAAGGCGGGCAGCCAGCCUUCCUUGCUUGAAUUGGAUGAUGUGAGUCGUAAAAUUUGGGUCGAUGCAGGCUACGAUCCGGACCAAUUUGUGGAGGUUUAGAUCACAAGCAAAGAAUAGAGUGAUCUGCGCAUUUUAAAAGACCGACCGUUUCGCGGAAUAUUCUCUUCAGGGCUGUAUAUCGAACAUAGUACUAUUAAAGCAGGGAAUCGAGAGAACACAUGUACUUGAGUAUGCCACAAAAUUCCCAACCUCAUAGUGUACUUCUAAAGAAGAGGAGUUACCAGCGGUUGAAGAUUUCAGCCAAUCCACAGCGAAUUCUUUUUCUCUGCAGAUUAAGACCAUAUGACGUCACACGUAGCCUCUGGUACUGAACCUACGUAGGAUCGUACUGAACCCGUACCGUGGUCUAUCGAGUGAAAAGCUGGAGGUCUCGAAGCACAUGAUCGGCACCUCUAUCCACACUCCUCUUGGAUACAUACUAGUAUGACAUACUUCGUACCUCUAUGUUUCGAAGCACCUCUAUCGUUCGAAGCACCUCUGCCUACCUCUAUCGGCACUCCUUCCUUCCUCUACCGGUAUCGACACUGCUUCCUCUACCGGUACCGAAUCGACACUGCUUCCUCUAUCCCCACAGCCAAGACUUGACACACACCUUGAGCAAUGCAGGCAGUGGCUCGUCAAUACAUGUAGUGGAUAGCUGUUACUGAGGCUAUCCUCUAGCUAGCCAGUAGUAGAGCUCUAGUGCGACGGGAUACAGCUUACAAUUCAGCUUUACAGCUUUACAAUUAGCAGGCUUAUUCUAGAAAAUAAUCAAUAACUGCUCACUUAUUUGGAAA